AUAUAUAUAUAUUAAUGAUGAGAGAAAUCACCAAUAAAUGAAGUAUUCAUUUAUUUAUUUAUUUAUUUAUUUAUUUAUUUAAAUUUUCUAUUGAUUUGUUCUUCCCGGCAUGCCCUCUUUAGUAAUUACAGUAUUUGAUGUUAGUAAGAAAUUAAAUUUUAUUAUUACUAGCUAUCAACAACAACGUUUGGUAUUAUUUCUAGAUUAUGAUUACGACUAUUAUGGUUAUGGAGAUUAUCAAGGUGGCUACAGUGACCCGUAUUACGACGACUAUUACCGUUAUGAAGAUUACUAUUACGAUUACUCCCCUCAACCAAUGGGGCGUGGUCGCACCAAAUCAGUGCCGGCUGGCCGUGGGUAUGGUAUGGCGAGCCGUGGCCGCGGCGCUGGCCCCUCCCCCGUGGGGGGCGGGUAUGGUGCCCCGAGGGGGGGCCAUGGGGGGGCGUAUGACUCGGCCGCCGCGCGCGGGGCAGGGGUUCAGAGGGUCCGCCAGGGGGGCAAAUCUAGCAGGUAAAAGAAAGUUGGAUGGCGGGCACCAGAACGAGGGGGACUCUAAGAGACGGUUCCAGAACACCGGUGCUAGCUGGGGGAACCAGCCUAUCCCACAGCAGCCGCUGAGCUCAUACAGUGGGGCCAACGGCAGCACGUACGGCGGGGCAGGCGGGGACCAGCAAUGGUACCACGACAGCUAUCCACAGUCGUGGAGCUGAGGUGUAAGCGGGUGGGCCGCCAGCACCAGGUGUAGAGGGUGGGGCGGGGGCAUGGCGGGGCACAACUCCACCAAGUACAGUAUGUCAGUCUGUCCAGACAAGCCUGAUUUCAGGCACAAAGGACAUUCCUGCCACUUGUAUGUAUGGGAGAAGUAUCGGUGCUUGCACCAGAUAUUGGGCCCAUGGGUGAUGGCCGCCCCACCAAUGCUGCGUCAGUGGGGACUGGAGAGGGUCGGCUGCCGAUUCCCGGCUGAGCUAUAGUUUGGUCGGGGUAAGGGGGCCGCAGUCCACCCCACCAGUGAGACAUGUACCUGAAAAACAUCUCCACCAUACCCAAACCCACCAGGUCAGUUGGGUAAUAAAACAUAACUAAAUCUAGUAGGAGGAAGUCUCACAAGAGUGCUGCUCUAAAUUUUAUCACUGUCAACCACUAGGAUGAAAAAAGCCAAACUGUGUUCAUAGAAAUUUCUCUCCAGUGGUUUUAAUGAGCAGGCUGUUUUAUUCCCGCUUACUUUGUGUUUCACAUGCAAUCUUCUUGUCUUUCAAAUAAAAUCUAAAAGAAUAGUUCCCAAUACAAACCUCUAAUGUCCAGCAGUUUGCCCCCCUAGUUCUGGAGACUAAUCAAUUCAGUGGAAAUGGUUAGUGGAAAAUAGCUGCCCAAAUUCCUGUAUUAGAAUUGAUGUCAAUGAUACAACAUCAGUACCAUUUCCUAUUAUUCAGGUGUGUCCAUCGAUAAAGAUUUUGCCUUCCUCUUCAUUAAGUAUAAUACAAGGUAAUUGUACAGGGGAAAUUGCCAAUGGAAUUUUCUUGUUUAUUAGCAUCUAUAAGCAACUUGUCAAAGUUACGAUAGCAGCAUCAGCAUCAGGUCCUUCCAUCCAGUUUGCCCCAUAAUACACUGUUUAUACAUUUUUUUUCUUUUUAAAUUUUUUUGAAUUAUUAACAUUAUUUUCCCCCCAAAAAAAGGCGGUCCUGCAUGCACAUUUCAGUGACCACACUAUUUUCUUUUGGUAUCCCUAAAUGCUGUGUCCACUGAAUAACUCUUGAACCUUGCUACUUGAUUUGUAGUUCUUAGUUGGCAUUAAGCAGAUGCUCAGUGCAAGAUUGAAUCAAUGCUCGUGAACUUAUUGGAAUGUUGUCAAACCAAUUCAAUGGAACCCGGUAAUUUAAGAUUUAACCCAUAUAGAUAUUGCAGUAUUUGAAUUUAAGCAUGAUUUCUAUGGAUUUUCUUAUGUACUAAUUAGAAAGAUCCAUAUUCGAUGAUUGUAGACUGAUUGAGGUGACUGUUGUAGUAUGAUUGGUCAGAUAAUUAAUUUGUUUGGAUCUGUACAUAUCCGGAAUGCAGAUGUUGUUACUCAUUGGGAUCUGUGGAGGGGCGACCAGUGUUAAGACACACACUGCCAGUCACAGGGAAAGAUUUGGUGUGUUUGGAUGACAAAGCAGUUAUCUUUGGUGGAGAUUGGACCAACUGGCUGUGACUAACUUGCGAAGACUUGAAAUGUAAGAGUUUAUUGUGUGUGUUAUCUAGGAGCUAUCAAUAUAGAGGAUUCCUGGGGAUUUGAAAGGUUUUCAAUUCUCCAAGAUUCCUGUCCUAAAGGAUGAAUUGUAGUUCCUGAUAAUGAAUUGUUGUAUUCAUAGUUAUAAGACUUUCUUGUGAUAAGUAAUGAGAGCUAGUUAUUAGAUGCUCCUUUUUUUCUGAAAUAUCAUGAAUUGUAUGAUAAUCGGACUGCACACUGAUAAGCUGUGCAAAAGCUAAUAUUUUUAUGGGCUUUUGUUUGGCCUUUAUUCUUUUAAAUGUGUUAUUACAAGAUGUGAAUUUAUUAAUCUAAGUUUGUUUUGGUCAAAAGAUAAAUAUGUAUUACCUAAACAAAAGUUAUUCUAAUAUUCUAAUUUUAUGAGAUUAAAAAAGAGCUAGGCAAUUAGAUAUAUUACAUGUAAUACUGCAGCUUGAUUAGUAAUGAUUGGAGUGUGAUUUUAAGCUGCAGUAUAAUCAAUUUGACCCUCAAGUUUUAGACUUGUGAUGACCUUGAACCAGACUUAUGUACUACACGCUGAGAAUUGGCACUUGAAUGAUCUUUGGCUCUGUAAGAAAAAAUCUUAAGAAAAAAAUAAAAAAGGUUGAGAAAGAUUCAGUGGAAAUUCAAAUAUUUCAGCUUCUGCCAGAUUUAUGAAUUGGGUAUGCCAGUUGUGGUGUUGGCUACAAUCUGUCACUAAUUUUUGUGACCAUGCAGCUUGCACCAGCCUUCGGUUGUGUGCUUUUUACUGCAUGUGUUUAUUAUCUUAUUUAAUACUACCUGCACUAAAUAUCUGGGCAUUAAAUGUUAUUGCUUUUUAUAAUUUUUAUAUGUAGAUGAUAUUUGCAAAGAUGUAUUUUAAAAAUUGCAAAGGUUAUUUGCAUACAAGUCUCCUAAAAUGAAUAACUUGACUCCUGUAGCUAUGGACAACACGCUGGACUUGAUUACUUUUUUAUUACACAUUUCAAUUAUAUAGAGAAAAAAUUCACCAUGUGUCAUUGUACUUUCUGGGACAUCAUAAAGCUAUAUAAACAAAAUGGAAAAAUGUAUGCCAUGAAAUAUUCAAGAAUUUGGCCCAAUUUCAUGUACUAAUGGGUCACUGUAAAAUAUUAAGACAUUUGCCAUCUAGUUGUGGUAGUAGGGUCGCUGUGGUAUUAUGCAUUGUGGCGAGUGAAGGUCGGUUAUCAACAGGCUUCAAACUUGUAUGCCAUUCCUGUUAACACUAGCCUUACUGCAUAAGUCUUGUCAUUUCUAAAACAGGAUUGAGCAUGUGCCACUUAGAUUUUCUUUCUGAUCUAUAAUCCUGCAAAAUAUAUUGUGGAAAGAGUUUACUUUGUUAGAACAUUUUUCUUUAGUUUUAUCUACCAUACCGUCGAUGACACAACGUCCACAAAACUUUUUAAAAGUUUGUCAGGAGAUAUUGGUGAUGUAUGCCUGUAUUGUCCAUUGUAAGGUUUGUAGUUUGUUCAAGAGGUGGUUGCCUUAGCCAAGAGGACUGAAGGGAGGGUAGUACCACAAGCUGGAUCUUGGGAGUCCGAGGCUCGACUGUACCCAGUGAUUGAAUGGAAGUAAAGGAGAUUUCCAUUGU